AUGAUGGCUCUGGCGCAGGUGGAUGUCGCCAUCAUUGGCGCAGGCCCAGCAGGAACGUUGCUGGGCUACUUGCUGGCGGAGCAGUACGAUAAGAAGGUCACUCUCAUCGACCCGAUGGCCGACAAGAAAUGGCCGAACAACUAUGGUGUGUGGCAGGCCGAAUGGGAUGCCCUGGCCAAGAAGUUAGGGCUGGAGCUCGAGGCCUGUUUGGGAAGCAAGUGGGCAGUGACGGACUGCUUCUUCGGAGGCAGCUGGGAGUUGCCGGAUGAGAACCGGCUUCGGUUGGACCGCCCCUAUGCCCGGGUCGACAGGGACAAGCUGAAGGCACUCCUGAGAAGCAGUUCGAAGCUCCAGGUGCUGGAAGCGGAGGUGGAGUGCCAGGCUGUGGCUAACAACAUCUUCGACAGCCCUGCCAUACGACACACUGCAGACGGCUCCGUCCUUCUCCUGUCAGAUGGCUCGGCAGUGCGGUCAAGGCUGGUCGUCGACACGACCGGUUUCGAGUCCCGCCUGACACGUCGCCUCUCAGCACCGGGCCAGCCGCCAUCUCCUGCGCCGGGCUACCAGAUUGCCUAUGGCUGCGAGGUUGUGGUGGACGGGUCUUUCCACUACGCGCCAGAGGCGAUGACGCUGUUCGACUACCGAACGGACCACCUUAGCUUUGAGCCGGAGUGGGAAAAAAGGGCAGAGAAGGAGCCAACCUUCAUGUACGUUAUGCCCCUUGGCCCUGUGGAGGGCGAGCCGGACGCCCAAAGGGUGUUCUUUGAAGAAACCUCCCUCGUUGCCCGCCCUGCAGUGAGUUUCGAGGAGUGCAAACGGCGGUGCUUCCAGAGACUCAAGUAUCUAGGCAUCUCCUACAGGGAAGAGACCAUUGCAGACGAGGAAUUCUGCUACAUACCCAUGGGUGGUCCGUUGCCCGAGCCUGGGCAGCGCAUUGUCGCAUUUGGAGCAGCCGCAGCCAUGGUCCAUCCCUCCACAGGCUACCAGCUCUGCCGGAUGAUGUCUGCAUCAAAGGAUGUGGCAGCUGCAAUUGCGGGAGAGCUCGACAAAGGCUCCCAGCCGGAUGCUGUGGCUGCCGCGGCCUAUGAGGCCAUUUGGAGCCAGCAGAACCAGGCUCAAAGAGAGUUUGCGGUCUUCGGCGGCGAGUUCCUGAUGGAGCUCGACGUGGCUGGCCUCCGCGGAUGGUUUCAGGGCUUCUUCAACUUGCCGGAGGAACUCUGGGCUGGCUUUCUGGCGGGCUGGCCCUCGCUGCCGGGCAACGAGAACCACGAGUCUUGGCUGCCCAGGCUGCUGUUUGGUCUCCAGCUUGUCACGAAAAUCCCCUUGCCAGUGGCGUUGAAAUUGAUCGGCGGCAUUGCCCGGUUCUCGCUGACGUAUGGUACAUCAUUGCUUCGCUCUGUCACACCAUUGUUCGGCUCUCCUCCGAGCUAUGCGUGGACACCACCUGUGCCGAAAGAAGAGGUUGGCGACGUGGCCGCCAAAUGGGAAGCCAUGCGAAUGAUAAAGGAGGCUCGGGCCGUGAAAGAGCCCGAAACGGUGAGCCCGGUGAGCCGUGAGCCAGAGUUGGCCAAAAGUGGCCCCAAAGCCUGA